AUGCGCGAUCUAGCCUUGCCGCCGACUGCCCUCCCUCUGCUUCCUAGUGUUGUCGACUUUGCUUACGGCUUCGUCUCUCUAGAAGCGCUCUACUUCAUUCCUUUGGUGGUUCUGAUUUAUGUGGCCAGAACUAGACUGCUACUUGCCAAGAUCGUUCGCAGUCAAUAA